GGGACCUAGGGCGCACGUUGCGUCAGCACGUGCGAGCGCUAGGGCUGGGUCUCCGGAAUAGAAGGUGGGCUCUUCCUGCGCUGGUUGGCGGUUGAGAGGUUCGUUGGUGGGUUGUAGAGUUGUGACCUCAUGGCGGAGAUAAUUCAGGAACGCAUAGAAGAUCGACUCCCCGAAUUGGAACAGCUGGAGCGCAUUGGACUGUUCAGUCAUGCGGAGAUUAAGGCCAUCAUUAAAAAGGCUUCGGAUCUGGAAUAUAGAAUACAGCGAAGAACUCUUUUUAAGGAAGACUUUAUCAAUUAUGUUCAAUAUGAAAUUAAUCUUUUGGAGUUGAUUCAGAGAAGGAGAACUCGCAUCGGCUAUUCAUUUAAGAAGGAUGAGAUUGAGAAUUCCAUUGUACACCGGGUACAAGGUGUCUUCCGACGAGCUUCAGCAAAAUGGAAAGAUGAUGUUCAACUUUGGCUAUCCUAUAUAGUCUUUUGUAAGAAAUGGGCUACCAAAGCUCAACUUAGCAAGGUAUUUUCUGCCAUGUUGGCCAUUCAUUCAAACAAACCAGGUAUGUACUUUAGGAUGGAGUUGAUGCAUGCUGAGAAACUGAGGAAAGAAAAACAAGAAUUUGAAAAAGCCAAAAUGGAUGUGGGGAAUCUUGAUUAUCCUGAAGAAAUCCUUAAGGGCGAGUUGGCACGGAUCAUCUACAAAAAUUCUGUAAGCAUAAUUAAAGGUGCAGAAUUUCAUGUGUCACUGCUUUCAAUUGCACAGCUAUUCGACUUUGCCACAGAUCUGCAAAAAGAAAUUUAUGAUGACCUUCAGGCUCUGCACACAGAUGACCCUCUUACUUGGGAUUAUGUGGCACGGCGAGAAUUAGUGAUGGAGAUGCAGCCAGCUGGAGAGCAGCCUGCCACGAAACAAGCCAGAGCAGUGGAGGUGGGCCGGAAGGAGGAGAGGUGCUGUGCUGUGUAUGAAGAGGCAGUAAAGACUCUCCCCACAGAGGCCAUGUGGAAGUGUUACAUCAACUUCUGCUUGGAAAGGUUCACUAAGAAGACCAGCAGUCAGUUCCUCAGAGAGAGGAGGCUGGAAAGAACCAUGAUGGCAUUCAGGAAGGCACAUGAACUCAGACUUCUACCAGAAUUCCAGUACAAGCAGUGGAUCGAGUUGUUGCUGCAUCAGGACUUUUUAAAGGAAGCUCUGGAGGUAGCAGUAGCCGGGACUGAAUCGUUUAGAGACUCCGUGACGAUGUGGCAGAUGAAGCUGCAGGUGCUGAUUGACUCUAAGAGCCCUGAUGUAGCCGGGCUUUUUGAAGAAGCUUUUGUGCAUCUGAAAGCCCAGGUCUGUCUGCCAUUGUGGAUUUCUUGGGCAGAGUGGAGUGAAGGUGCCAAAAGCCAAGAAGACACAGAAGCCAUUUUUAAGAAAGCUCUCUUAGCUGUCAAAGGUGCUAACUCAGUCACUCUGAAGGAUAAGUACCUGGAUUGGGCUUACCGAAGCGGUGGCUACAAAAAGGCCAGAGCUGUGUUUAAAAGUUUACAGGAAAGCCGUCCAUUUUCAGUUGAUUUUUUCAGGAAAAUAAUCCAGUUUGAAAAGGAGCAAGAAUCCUGCAAGAUGGCGAACUUAAGAGAAUAUUAUGAGAGGGCUUUGAGAGAGUUUGGAUCUGUAGAUUCUGAUCUUUGGAUGGAUUACAUCAAAGAAGAAUUGAACCACCCACUUGGUAGACCUGAGAACUGUGGACAGAUCUAUUGGCGAGCCAUGAAAAUGUUACAGGGAGAGUCAGCAGAGGUUUUUGUAGCUAAACAUGCAAUGCAUCAAGCUGGCCAUUUGUGAGAAGAGGGAAAACACAGCCAACUUUAUGAAAUAGUGUUAUAAGCCCUCUGGCCAGAUUUGUGUUGUGAGUUCUUCUGCAGUUUGUUAAGAGAUGGCAGACAAGAUGGCGGUCUGGUUUUUGGACAUGCUUUAAUUUUGUUUUUUUUGUUUUUUUUUUUUUGUUUUUUUAAAGAUUUUAUUUUUUAUUUGACAGAGAGAGACACAG